ACACGAUAUAGCUCUCUCUCUCAUCUUUAAAAUGCCAUGCUGCAAUUGAGUUGUUAUUAACUGUCUCGAGAUAUCACCACCUUAAAGAAAUACAUAACUGGACUGGAACAUAAGGUGUGAGAGAGAAUGUCGGAUGCGCCUCCACUACUUUCAUAGUCACUUCCGUGUUUGCUCCUUCGAACCAUAAUUCUUAAAAUAGCCUUGCCGUUUACUCCCGUGGGCUCUAUAUUUCACUUUGCUAGCUUAAGACGUGGCCAACCUAUUGAGUACUCAAAGUUCGUGCUAUGUCUCCAUCAUCAUUCAUCACACUGGGCUUCGCUGUCACAGCCGUCUUCAUCUUCUGGACAUUAUCCGCAACGUCUUCCUCACCAUUUGCUCGUAAUUUCCCUCGCUUGUACAACAAGCGAAUAUGCCUGUUAAUAGCCCACCCCGACGAUGAGGCUAUGUUCUUCGCGCCGACAGUGCUAGCCUUAACCAAGCCAGAACUGGGAAACCAUCUCAAGAUCUUAUGUCUCAGUAGCGGAGACGCCGACGGACUAGGCCACAUCCGCAAAAAGGAGCUCCAAAAAAGCGCCGUGCAUCUGGGCCUCCGCAACGAGUCCGAUGUCCUCAUCAUAGACGACCCAACCCGCUUCCCCGACAGCAUGAGCGCUACCUGGUCAGAAAGCGACGUCUCAAGCUUGCUUGCCUCAGCCUUCGCUCCCGAAAUGGGCGACACCCAGUCCGGUUCCCGGAAACGAGGAGCAACUGGAGACAAACCACCCGUCGCGACUAUCGAUGUGCUCCUUACCUUUGACAGACAUGGUAUAAGCAACCAUCCUAACCACCGUUCUCUCUACUAUGGCGCUGUCCACUUCCUUCGUACCCUGAUGAAGGAUAAAUCCGGGUAUACCUGCCCGGUCUCGCUGUACACGCUCACCACGACGAACAUCUUGCGCAAAUAUAUCGGCGUGCUUGAUGCGCCGUUGAGCAUGGCGCGUGGGGCUGUCGAUGCUCUGUUUUCGAGCUUGAAGGGCUCAUCUCGUGCCUCGAAGGAUGAUACGCCUGCGAGGCUUCUGUUUGUUAGCUCUGUUGGUGAAUGGAUGACGGCGCAGUCGGCUAUGGUCAAGGCUCAUCGGAGUCAGAUGGUUUGGUUUCGAUACGGGUGGAUUUCUUUUGGUCGUUAUAUGGCGGUUAAUGAUUUGAAGCGUGAGAAGGUUUAGUCAGUCCAGGGAAUGGCAGCGAUGGCUUUAUGAUGGAGGAUUUGGACAAUGCACUAUUCGAGUUAAGUUCAACCCUGGUGCUUGGAUGCGUCAGAUUCACAUAUCUGGUGAGCUAAAAAUGUAUUUCUUUAUGCCUUCAUGUAAACACAAUGACACCCUGAAAGGCCAUCUGUAUAUUAACUCCGCAAAAUAAACCAAUUAACUUAUUAGAGU